UGAAAAUAUCCUAAAAAUCGACCAAACGAUGCCGGAGUUAAGAGUGUUAUCGGCUUUAGAUGCGGCGAGGAUACAGUGGUACCAUUUCAAAGCCAUAAUAGUCGCCGGCAUGGGACUUUUCACCGACGCGUACGAUCUUUUCUGUAUAGCUCCGAUCAUGAAGAUGAUAAGUCAAAUCUAUUACCACAAAGACUCAAUCGGAACCGCUAUUCUCUCAACUUCUUACGCAAUCGCUCUUCUUGGCACUGCUUUAGGUCAGCUCAUCUUUGGUUACUUAGGUGACCGAGUCGGACGUCGUAAAGUCUAUGGACUUUGUCUCUUAAUCAUGGUUUUUAGCUCUUUUGGUUGUGGCUUCUCUGUUUGCACGACUCGUCGUUCUUGCGUUAUGGUUAGUCUUGGAUUCUUUAGAUUCGUUCUUGGACUUGGAAUCGGUGGAGAUUAUCCUCUUUCCGCCACGAUUAUGUCGGAGUUCGCUAAUAAAAGGACGCGUGGAGCUUUUAUAGCUGCCGUGUUUUCGAUGCAAGGGUUAGGGAUUUUGAUGAGCUCUGCUGUGACUAUGGUUGUGUGCUUGGCGUUCAAGAACGCAGCCGGAGAGGGGAGUUCGGAGAAGACGAACGUGGCGGGGUUAGAAACUUUGGCUCCCCCGGAAUCGGAUAUAGCGUGGAGAUUGAUUCUUAUGAUCGGAGCUCUUCCCGCUGCGUUAACGUUUUACUGGCGAAUGCUCAUGCCUGAAACCGCCAGAUACACAGCAUUGGUGGAGAACAAUGUAGUCCAAGCAGCAAAAGACAUGCAAAGAGUCAUGUCCGUAUCCAUGAUAUCUCAAAUAAGCGAAGAUUCAUCAUCGGAGCUAGAACAACCACCGGCUUCCUCCUACAAACUCUUCUCUCGCCGUUUCCUCAGCCUCCACGGCCGAGACCUCUUCGCAGCCUCAGCCAAUUGGUUCCUCGUCGACGUCGUCUUCUAUACAAGUAACCUCCUCCUCUCUCAAAUCUUCAAUUUAUCCAACAAACCUCUCAAUUCCACAAACGUCUACGACUCCGCCUUCGAAGUAUCUAAGCUCGCAGCCAUUGUAGCCGCUUGCUCCACCAUCCCCGGUUAUUGGUUCACAGUUUAUUUCAUCGAUAAAAUCGGUCGAGUCAAGAUUCAGAUGAUGGGUUUUUUCCUUAUGGCCGUUGUUUACUUAGUCGCUGGGAUUCCAUACAGUUGGUAUUGGUCUAAGCAUGAGAAGACUAAAAAAGGUUUUAUGGUUCUCUACGGAUUGAUUUUCUUCUUUAGCAACUUUGGUCCUAACACGACAACGUUUAUCAUCCCGGCGGAGCUAUUUCCGGCGAGGUUUAGGUCCACAUGUCACGGGAUAUCUGGAGCUGCCGGGAAGUUUGGUGCCAUUGUUGGCACUGUUGGUUUCUUGUGGGCCACGAAACACCAUGAAGAGGACGGUUUUCCAGACGUGAAACGCGUGAGAAUCGCGUUUUUGAUCCUUGGCGGCGUUUGUAUCGCUGGAAUGAUCGUUACGUAUUUCUUCACUCGUGAAACGAUGGGAAGAUCAUUAGAAGAGAACGAAGACAAGAUUGGUACAACGUCAGGAUCGUCUUCUGCGAAUGAGUUACUUCCGAGACAAUACUGAUUUCGAGAUCCCAACAAAAUUAAUCGUAUUUUGAUAUUUUUCCUUUCUAAUUAACUCUUAAUUUUCCUUGGUUUUUGAUGGUUGCUACUCAAGUUUCUUUUUGUAUUUCUUUUCUCAUGUUUACAUGAAUCUUUUUCCUUUUUGAUUCCGUCAUAUAAAAGGGGUACGUACAU